GAAUACAAUGUAUAUUACCGAACAGAUACAAUUCCUUUGAUGUCAUGUUUUCAUGUUGUUCGAUCAGUUUUGGUCUCUAACUUUCAAUAUACAACAAACGAACUCGUGAUUUUAUAUGAAUAAUCAAAACCCAAGUUUUGCUGACAUUGCCUACUUAUACGACUUCCACUUCCACCACCAGACCAUCUUAGACAAUUCCUUUGAUGUCAUGUUUUCAUGUUGUUCGAUCAGUUUUGGUCUCUAACUUUCAAUAUACAACAAACGAACUCGUGAUUUUAUAUGAAUAAUCAAAACCCAAGUUUUGCUGACAUUGCCUACUUAUACGACUUCCACUUCCACCACCAGACCAUCUUAGACUAUCCAAGAAGAUGAUGGCCCUGUGGGAGGGUCUGCAAGAGGAACUCUCAUGGAUAUGUAACUUGGAGUUAGACUCAGGCUCAACAUGUAUUGAGAGAGGUGUAAUAGAUGGUCUCAAUAUCUUCUUUGUCGUUCUUUUCAUUAUUGCUUCUGCAGUUUCUGGAUUUCGCAAUUGCUUAAUCCGUGACGAUAGAGCAAGAUCUUGGCUUUUCAUAGCUGUUGCAGUACUAUGUGCUAUAACAAGUGCUCUUCAUUUUGGUGCUGGUGUUUGGCCUCUAAUACGGAAGAAAAAUGCACCAAUGAAUUUAAAUUGGAUUAUCCAUCUAGUUCACGGAUUGAUUUGGAUGGUCUUAGCAAUCUCCCUCUACAUUCAGAGGCUCAAAUGGGUAAGAAUUUUGAGUCUGGUUUGGUGGGUCUCUUUCUCUCUCCUCGUAUCAGCCAUAAAUGUUAUGAUUCUCGUGAGCGGCCAUACACUUCGUAUACUGGACUUGGUCUCAUGGCCUGCGAACUUAUUGCUUCUCCUCUGUUCUCUGCAACUUUUCAGAAUUUUGAUCUCUCAAAAGACAUUAUAUGGCAAUCUAUCCGAGUCCCUGUUGAACAAAAACAUGGAAAGAGAAAGAACAAGAAACAGGAUAGGCUUCUUUAGCCGCCUUACCUUCUCUUGGAUCAAUCCUUUGUUGCGUUUAGGCCACAGAAAACCCUUAACUCUUAGAGAUAUCCCACCUUUACCAUCCGAGGACGAGGCGCACCUUGCUUAUGAGGCCUUCUCUCAAGCUUGGGAAGCUCACAGAAAAGAAAACCCAAGUUCCAAAAGCUCUGUUCUCAAAACCUUAAUUGCCUGUUAUUUUAGAGAAAUGAUGGUGGUGGGAAUCUAUGCAUUGGUUCGAACAAUCUCAAUUGCAGUUGCCCCCUUCUUACUCUAUUCCUUUGUAGAGUUUACAGGCCAAGAAUACCAUAAAAACAAGUACCAGGGUUUAUUUUUAGUAGGAUGCUUAGUUGUUUCAAAAGUUGCAGAGUCUCUAUCUCAAAGGCAUUGGUUUUUCGAUUCUAGAAGAGUGGGUAUGAAGAUGAGGUCAGCUUUAAUGGCUGCUGUCUAUCAAAAACAACUUAAGCUCUCUAGUUUGGCUAGAAUGCAGCAUUCUACUGGGGAAAUUGUGAAUUAUAUAGCGGUUGACGCCUAUCGAUUUGGGGAGUUUCCAUGGUGGUUCCACACCACGUGGUGCUCCCUCCUCCAAUUGAUCCUUGCUAUAGUGAUUCUCUUUCUAACUGUAGGUUGGGGUGCUCUUCCUGGCCUAGUUCCAAUUAUAAUUCUCUCUCUACUAAACAUACCCAUUGCUAAGAUUCUCCAAAAUUGUCAGACACAAUUCAUGGGAGCCCAAGAUGAGAGGCUUCGGGCCACUUCUGAGAUCUUAAACAACAUCAAGAUAAUAAAGUUGCAGGCUUGGGAAGAGAAGUUCAGGGGUUUGAUUCUCUCUUUAAGAGAUCAUGAAUUCAAAUGGUUGGCUUCUGCCCAAAUUAAGAAGUCCUACGGAAGUGUACUCUAUUGGAUGUCUCCCAUUUUUGUUUCUGCAGUGGUAUUUGCAGGUUGUUUGGCAAUGGGAACUGCCCCUCUUAAUGCUACAACGAUUUUCACAGUUUUAGUUACUCUUAGGGUCAUGUCUGAACCAGUGAGAGUGUUACCUGAAGCUUUCUCUAUCUUAAUUCAGGUUAAGAUAUCUUUGGAUCGAUUAGAUCGAUUCUUGUUAGAUGACGAACUCAGGCCUGAGAAUGUGAAGAGGUGUCCUGUUCAGGAAACUGAGUAUAACAUAAGGAUUUGUGGUGGAAAUUUUAGUUGGGACCCUGAUUCACAUAAUCAUACAUUGAGAGACGUUAACUUAGAGGUAAUUAAGGGAAAGAAGGUUGCGGUUUGUGGACCUGUUGGUGCUGGAAAAUCAUCUCUUUUGUAUGCAGUGCUUGGUGAGAUACCCAAAGUCUCUGGAACAGUUGAAGCUUAUGGAUCCAUUGCUUAUGUUGCCCAAACAGCUUGGGUACAAAGUGGGACAGUUCAAGAUAAUAUUCUCUAUGGAAAACCAAUGAAUAAAACCAGAUAUGAUGAGGCCAUAAGAUCUUGUGCUUUGGAUAAAGAUCUUGAAAAUUUUGAUCAUGGAGACCUUACUGAGAUUGGAGAGAGAGGACUCAACUUGAGUGGUGGUCAGAAACAAAGGAUUCAGCUUGCUAGAGCAGUCUAUAAUGAUGCUAAUAUCUACCUCCUAGAUGAUCCUUUUAGUGCAGUUGAUGCCCAUACUGCUGCAAUUCUUUUCAAUGACUGUGUCAAAAAAGCUCUAGCGAAGAAAACUGUGGUUCUCGUGACUCAUCAAGUCGAGUUUCUUGCAGAAGUUGAUGAAAUUUUGGUCUUAGAAGGUGGACAAAUCACACAAUCAGGGAGCUAUGAUGACAUCUUAAGGGCCGGCAUGGCUUUUGAAAAACUCGUGAAUGCUCAUCAAGAAGCAAUGACAGCUUUAGACCUUUCAAGAGAAAGGAAUUUGAUUCAAGGACACAGAGAAACUGCAGACUCAACAAAUGGGUUCUUGACUUCUAAAUCGAACAGCGAAGGGGAGAUCUCAGCCAAGGGGAUCUCAAAUAUCCAGCUCACUGAAGAUGAAGAGAUGGAGAUUGGCAAUAUGGGUUGGAAGCCAUACAUAGAUUAUAUAAGUGUUUCUAAGGGAUGGUUUCUUUUCUCUUCCAUUAUUGUAGGUCAAUGUAUAUUUGUACUCUUCCAAGUAGCAUCAACAUACUGGCUCGCAAUAGCUAUUCUUAUACCUCAGAUUAGCAGUGGAGUUGUGGUUGGAGUAUACGCCAUAGUGUCAAUCUCUUGCACCUUCUUCGUUUACUUGAGAUCAUGGAUCACUGCCCAUCUUGGGCUUAGAGCUUCAAAAGCCUUCUUUUAUGGCUUCAUGGAUUCAGUGUUCAGAGCUCCAAUGUCAUUCUUUGAUUCCACACCAGUUGGAAGAAUUUUAACCCGGGCAUCCUCUGAUAUGAGUUUGCUGGACUUUGACAUACCAUACUCAAUCAGUUUCGCAUUGUGUCCCUUGAUCGAGCUGAUAUCAACUCUUAUCAUAAUGUGUACAGUAACAUGGCAAGUUCUAUUUGCAGCCAUUCCCGUCAUCUUGAUUACAUACUAUAUCCAGGGUUACUACCAAUCCUCUGCAAGGGAAUUAGUUAGGAUUAAUGGAACAACAAAGGCUCCUGUUAUGAACUGUGCAGCUGAAACAUCUCUUGGUGUGGUAACAAUAAGAGCUUUCUCAGCAAUGGAGAGGUUCAUCUAUCAUAAUCUAAGACUUAUAGACACAGAUGCAAGGCUAUUCUUUUAUACAAAUACAGCCUUAGAGUGGGUGCUAUUGAGAGUUGAAGCACUCCAAAACAUAGUCUUAUUCACUGCCACCAUUUUCCUAGUUUUGGUUCCUCCUGGUACCAUUACUCCUGGAUUUGCAGGACUAUCACUCUCUUAUGCCCUGAGCCUGACCAGUUGCCAAGCUUUUCUAACUCGAUGGCAAUGCCAACUUGCCAAUUACAUCAUCUCAGUAGAGCGCAUAAAGCAAUUCAUGAAUCUACCUUUAGAACCACCAGCAAUCAUUGAUGAAAACAAGCCCCCAGAUACUUGGCCUGUCAAUGGCCAGAUUGAUUUACAGGAUCUAAAGAUAAGGUAUCGACCGAAUUCUCCUCUUGUUCUCAAAGGGAUUACAUGCACAUUUGAGGCAGGCAAGAGAGUGGGAGUUGUUGGAAGAACUGGCAGCGGCAAGACAACCUUGAUAAGUGCCUUGUUUCGUCUUGUCGAUCCUUUUAGUGGAAAAAUCCUCAUAGAUGGACUGGACAUUUGCUCCAUUGGUCUCAGGGACCUAAGAACUAAGCUCAGCAUUAUACCCCAAGAGCCGACUCUUUUCAAGGGUACCAUAAGGAGUAACUUGGAUCCUCUAGGCCUAUACAGUGACCAUGAGAUAUGGGAGGCCAUAGAAAAAUGCCAGUUGAUGGCCACUAUCCGCAGCCUCCCCAACCGGCUUGAUUCAUCUGUAAGCGAUGAAGGAGGGAAUUGGAGUGCUGGGCAAAGGCAGCUCUUUUGCCUCGGCAGGGUCCUUCUAAGAAAGAAUAGGAUAUUGGUUCUUGAUGAGGCAACUGCAUCCAUUGACUCAGCAACUGAUGCUGUUCUCCAAAAGGUUAUAAGAAAGGAAUUCUCAAACUGUACAGUGAUAACAGUCGCUCACAGGGUGCCCACUGUCACAGAUAGCGAUCGUGUCAUGGUUCUUUCUUAUGGGAAACUUGUGGAAUACGACAAGCCAUCAAGACUCAUGGAAACCAACUCUUCCUUUGCUAAACUUGUGGCUGAAUACUGGGCUAACUGCACCAAGAACGCCCUAUAGAAGCAAAGGAUUGUCAAGAGAGAGAAUAGAGAGAGAGAAAAUGAAGAGAGUGAAUGAAGAGAAAGAGAGAGAAAAUGAUGAGAGAGAGUUAACUUAAUAUGGAAGGGAGGAAGUGGAGGCAAUGUAUUGCUAUUAUCCCAUUCUAUUUGUAAUUUUGUUGGUUCAUUUUUCAAUCAAAAUAAUUCGAUGCGGUCUUAUUGUUGAUUUAUAUGGAAAGCUCGAAAAUAUAAGUUCGAAACUUCAAUUUUA